AUUUUUUCUUUUUUUCUAGAUGAACCAGGCUACACAUUUCCUGGAUGGGUCAAACAUUUACGGCGCAAACAGUUACGAUGCAGCAGCCCUACGUGAGAGAACCGGAGGACUUCUAAAGACCGCUCAAAUUGAAGACGAAGAACAUCUGCCAUUAGUUGCCAACCCUACUGAGCAGUGCCUUGUGGACAGCAAAACUGGAACUUGCUUUAACACCGGUGAUGCCCGUGCCAACACCCAUCCAUGGCUAGCGAGUAUGUACUCCGUUUGGGUGAGAGAACAUAAUCGCAUCGCUCGUAGUCUGGCUACUCUGAAUCCUGGCUGGAACUCCGACCGUCUGUACCAUGAAGCAAGAAGGAUUGUUAUAGCUGAACUCCAACACAUCACCUACAAGACCUGGUUGCCUGCACUUACCGGAAAAUCCUUCGAUGAGUUAUAUGAGAGUUAUGACCCAGGAUACGUCUCAGAGAUUGACCCCACUAUUACAAACUCUUUCGCCACCGCCGCCUUCCACUUCGUCAACAGCAUUCUUGACCAGGACAUUGAACUCGUUGACAAAGACAACAGUGUGACGCCUCACCGUCUUCUGAACAACUACUUCAAGCCAGAGCUGGUGUCAAAGAAGGGAGGAUUGGAGAAGAUCUUAAGAGGAAUGAUUAGCCAGAAGAGUCAGGGAUUGGACUUCAACUAUGAUGAUGACGUAAGUGUUUUUAUGAUUUUUUAUGAGGGAUGAUUGAAUGAAAAGAUGAAGCUAAUAGAUUUGGACAGGGAGACAGAUAUAAAAUACCUAUGGAAUAGUUUCGAUGGUGAUGUCAGUCAUAUGACCUUAAUAUUGCAAUGACAUUGAAUUUGUCUUGUUGAUAUUCUAAGUAAAGAAGUAAGGUUAUUU